AUGCAUCCCUUCCCUCCAAUCCACUCCCAUCGAGGAGGUCAAUCCCCUAGCCCACCACCUACAAACGCAAACGCAAACGCAAACGCACCCCCAACCACCACCACAACUACAACUGCCAACAUCAACGCAAACAACGGCAACCCCCCAGUCUCCAAACGUGACAAACGCCGCAGCGCCCUCCAAGAGCGCCUCCAAGACCUUACCGCAUCCUUCUCCCAGAACCGCGAUGCCCAGUUCCGCCAGCAGCUACAUGCCUUGCAGUGCGACAUGACGCUGAUCAACAACGCGGACCCCUAUGUGCCAGGGCCGCUGCCGGAUUCGGCGGAGGAGGUUGCCAGGCUGGUGGAAGGGACUGUGGGCGGGGGGGUUUUUGGGAGGGAGAUGGCAGGGUUGUCGGGGAUGUGGUAUUCAAGGUUUGUGCAAGAGGUUAAUGGGGUCAAGGAGGAGAGGGAUGGAGAGUUAGCUAUGUUGGUGCACCGCCAUGAAAACAACCUUGAGCGAUUUCGUCGGGAAUAUGCGUUUCGGAAUCAUUUCGCCGCUGAAGAAUAUAAUAAUCUGUCAUCGACGCUGCGGGAACGGUUGGUACAGACGAUCACUGGGAAGAAAGGUCGGUUGAUGAGGGAAAAGGAGCAAUUAGACAUCGCGGAUACCAAUUCGCUGCUCCUUCAUCCGAACCAGUUCAGUAUUACCAACCCGGCUAGUCCUGGUGGGGUCCAUGGGAAUCGCAAGACUAGACAUACCCGUCACCGCAUGGAUUUGGAUGAAUUGGGCAACGGGAUUGGAUCGGAGGUCUUAAAUAAGAGGAAGCGGAAGGCUCCUGAGGAUGAUGUGGGCUCGCCGGUGCGGGAUGCAGGUUCUGUGGAGCGGGCCAAGGCUAGUACUGCGCAGCAUCAGCCGCCGCCUAGCUAUUCGCUGCAAUCGUUGUUCACGGAUAAGGAGCUCAGUUCGCAUGCCAAUUUGGCUCAUAUUGCUACGAUACACUUCUUCUCGACUUCCAAGCGGGGGGAACAAGGGGGUGUUGGAACGAGCAAUAAUACCGAUGCGGAUGAUGCGUCUGGCACAGGGGACCAUACCGGACAGGAAGACAACGGCACUCCGACUACUGAUAUGGUCCGGACGGCAAGCCAGAACUUCCACGCGACACGAUCUACCCGCACGCACGGUAACAGCGCCCUCAACGCCCUCGCCGAACUGUCCGACAAACAAGCAAUCCGUCCAAAUCUCCCCUACCACCUCCUAACAAACCACCAACCCCGAGUCAACGCCAGCGCCCCUCCACCACCACCACUAAUGAACGAAGAAAUGGAAGACGACUGGGCGCGCAUGGAACGACUACACAGCAAGCCCGCAGGCUGGGUGGACCGCAAUCUAAUCGAGGUACUUCUCGAACCCGGCCCAGAGCAGGUAGAUGGCGUGCCGCAGGAUCCGCACAGAUUUAGCAUGUUGCACCCAGACUUUCCAGCUACGAUGGGGGUGCAUUGGUAUCCGCUUAGAAAUGACCGGGAUCGGGCGGAGAUGUUGGGGGGUAGUACGACGAGUAAUAAGCGGACGAAGGCGUGA